AUGGAGUCCGAUUCUACAACAAACAACGUUGAUCAUUAUUAUGUUGCCAGACGUAGGAGAAGACUAAUAUUAUCGUCAAGGAGGCGCUCACGCCAUGGUGUACACACUCAAUGUCCUAUCAUCCCGGUGCAUCCGAGCAGUAGUACGAUUCCAAACUUGCAUUAUGUGGAUGAUGUUAUUCCAAACUUAUCUUCGGGAAAAAAUCACUCAUACGGAACCCCUCUGACCAGUAGCAAUCACGGCUUGGAAAAUUCCGUGCACGCGUCAAUGGCCAGAAAGAAGAGGAGAAUAACAUUGUCCAACAAGAGGACUACACCUAAUAAUGUAGACAAGGAAAAUAUUUGCCUGACCGGAGAAUCUGUUUUAACAAGUAUUCAAACGCCGUCUUCCGAUUUGCGUUUACCGCUUACAUGUAAUCUAUCUAACUUCAUGCACACAGCCCCGUCCCAGAGACAUGCACCUCAACCUAUAUCUCAUAAAAAACCCAGGUUACAUUGGAAUUCUGGAAAUAACUUACUUGCCAGCUUCAACCAAACUGUUCCACCUAUUUGCAACACUGACCAGGCAUCUACUUCUAAAGCACCUACUAACAAUCAUGCCACGCCUUCCAAUUUGACCCCAACAGCUCAUUAUUCAGAUGAUGCAAAUUCUGAUUCUCAAGAUGAUUUGAACAUCUGUAGUGGUUCUGAUGCUGAUGAAGAGGUUGAUAAUGAACCUUCAGUUGAUUCUCAUCUCGAAGAAUACUCUGAUGUAGGAGAUCGAGCUUGGGAAUGUCCUUCAUGUCACGCAUCUAUGUGGUACCAAGAACGCAUAGGCAAUACAAGGCAUACCACUGUUCCAAAGUUCACACGGUGCUGCAGAAGUGGAAAAGUUGUUCUUCCGCUGUUGAACGAUCCUCCGCGGGCGCUUCAACAUCUUCUACAUAAUGGAAGCCGUGCAGACAGUAAAAACUACCAAACCAACAUUCGAACUUACAAUGCUAUGUUUUCCUUCACUUCACCUGGAAUGAAAUUUGACAAUACUGUUGCGGAUGGAGGAGGGCCGCCGACUUUAAGACUGCACGGUUAG